CAGUAUAAGUACAUACGGUAUAUGUAAUGGCUGUUCUUACUUCACUAUAUAAUGUAGAUUGGUGUUUUUUUUUAUGAUUUUCAUUUUCUACCAUCUCUUCUCUCUUUACAGAAAUCUUUGGCAAGGGACAAGGUCCUGAUCUUCGGGUGACAAGAUGACUGUCCAAAUUUUCUCAGGAAAAGUCUUUGCCUUAUUUCUGCUGAUCCUUGUGUUUUUCUCUGGGUACUUAAUCCUGUACAAAAAUAAUAAAGAACUUAUCAAUAGCUGGUUUCAAUAUUCUCCAACAGUGCAGAAGAAAAUAAGACCUAUAAAUAAUCAAACUUACCCAGCUUUCAAGCACCCCCUGGCUCCUCCGUACCCAUACCCAUACAAAUUCCUUAUCAACCAGCCAGACAAGUGUAAGAACCGGACGCCUUUCCUUGUUAUAUUGAUUUUGGGUGAAGUUCAUGACAUAGAUUCUAGACACACUCUCCGGGAAACAUGGGGCAAUGAGAGUCUUUAUGAUGUUGAUGUGGUCAGGAUUUUUCUGGUGGGUAUAUCUCGGGUUGCUCCUGACCGGAUCCAGUUGAUGUUGGAGGAAGAAAGUGAGACCUUCGGGGACAUCAUCCAGCAAGACUUUAUGGACACCUAUUACAACUUGACCCUGAAAACCUUAAUGGGUUUGGAAUGGGUGACCAAAUUUUGUCCUACUGCCAGCUAUGUCAUGAAAAUAGACAACGACAUGUUUUUUAAUAUAGACUACUUGGCCCAUCAGAUUCUUCCUCAAAACUUACCCGUUCUUCAGAAUUACUUUACAGGAAAUAUAGUUGCCAACACUGGACCCUUGAGGAGUAGGGUUUAUAAGUGGUAUGUACCUAAGGAAGUCUAUCCAAAUGACACUUACCCUCCCUAUUGCGCUGGUCCUGGAUAUCUAUUAUCAGCUGAUAUGGCGAAAAAAAUCUAUGAUGUGUCCCAAGAAAUUAGGGUCAUCCCUAUGGAAGAUGCUUUUAUGGGAAUUUGCUUGUAUGAGCUUCAUAUCCUUCCCACUCAACCCCCUCCUGGUGCAUUUCAUGGUCUUAAGGUUGACUAUGACCUAUGCAAAUUUAAAAAAUUUGUCACAGUGCACCAUUACGCUGGAAAAGAGUUAAGGACCAUAUGGGCAGACUUUUGGGCAAAUAGAUCAAAGACCUGUGACAGUUAGAUGAGAAAAUAUCAUGAAUUCCCCAUGAUGAAGAGAUUAUUUACACAAUGUAUAUGGACCUGGUGCCAAACAUGCCCAUUAAAGGUGCCACCUACUUUCAAAUUUUUUUUCUCUCCUUCCCU